AUGGCCGCCGCCGCCACCGCCGUCCGCUUCCACACGGCCGCCGCGCGACGCGCCGCCCCUCGCCGACCGGCGCGCUUCGCCGUGCGCGCGGAUGCCGCGCAGGCGGCGACGGCGCUGACGCAGGAUGACCUCAAGAGGCUUGCGGCGGUGCGUGCGGUGGAGCAGGUGCAGAGUGGUAUGGUUCUGGGGCUCGGGACAGGCUCCACGGCCGCCUUUGCCGUCGCCGAGAUCGGUGCGCUUCUUGCCAACGGGAAGCUCUCCGGCAUCGUCGGUGUGCCCACUUCCAAGCGCACCUUUGAGCAGGCCAUGUCCCUGGGAAUCCCUCUUUCCACGCUCGACGACCACCCCGUGAUCGACCUCGCCAUUGACGGCGCUGACGAGGACUGUCAGCACUCUGAAAGUGUUGAUCCAGAUCUUAACCUUGUGAAAGGGCGGGGUGGAGCCCUUCUCCGGGAGAAGAUGGUCGAAGCUGCAUCAGGAAAGUUUGUUGUUGUCGUUGAUGAGACGAAACUAGUUACUGGCCUAGGAGGGAGCGGUCUUGCCAUGCCUGUGGAAGUUGUGCAGUUCUGCUGGAAGUACAAUCAAGUAAGACUGCAGGGUCUGUUCAAUGAAGAAGGUUGCGAGGCAAAGCUGAGAUUGAAUGAGGAUGACAAGCCCUAUGUUACUGACAACUCGAACUACAUCGUAGAUUUAUACUUCAAGACGCCAAUCAAGGAUGCGUUGGGCGCGGGCAAGGAGAUUGCAACUUUGGAAGGAGUUGUUGAGCAUGGGUUGUUCUUGAACAUGGCAAGCUCAGUGAUCAUUGCUGGAUCAGACGGUGUCAGUGUCAAAACAAAGUGA